AUCCACACUGCACAUCAGCCUACAGCUGGAGAAAGUACAAAGUACAACUCCGCUCAUAUCGCCCCGGGAUCCUCCGUCUCUGGAUAUUACAAGUCUCUACGUUGCUACAAGAUGAUCAUAAACAUGCAGCUAUUGGCACUUACCUUUCUGUCAUGGACAGCGGCAGCUCUACGCCCAAACACCCUGAAUAAAGUGGCCCAGAGGGAUGCUGGUUUUGGCCUUCGUUUGUUCCAGGAGGUUCUGCGGGAGCACAAACAUAAAAAUUUGGGGUUCUCACCUUAUGGCGCUACCUCUGCAUUGAACAUCCUUCAGUCCGGGGCAGAUGGGGAGACACUGGAAGAAUUUCGGACAGCUCUUAAUUAUGGAUACUCUGAAAGAACGGUGUCUACUGCUCUUCGCAAAAUCCGCCAUCAAAUUAGCGGCUCCAAUGUCUCCGGUGAACACUCCACAAGGGUGAAUUUAGCUGAUGGACUUUUCGUACAACGGGACCUUGACUUGACUCCAGGCUUCCUGAAAAGAUUCCAGGCGAUCUUCCAGCGCCAUGUAGCCCAGAUCAACUUUACAGACCCAUUGCAAGCUAAGGAUAUCUUGAACAAAUGGGUGGAGAACCAAACCGAUGGAAUGAUAAAGGACUUAUUGGAAAGCAAUUCCAUUUCACCACUGACCCGACUGGUCUUACUCAGCGCUGUUAGUUUCAAUGGAAAAUGGGCCAUCCCAUUCCCAGAAAAGGCCACUCACAGUAGGCCAUUCUACCGUUCCGAUGGAUCUGAGGUCCAAACCCAAAUGAUGGCCAAUACCGCCAAGUACAACUGUAGUGAAUUCGAAACUCCAGAUGGAGAGUAUUAUGAUGUCAUUGAGCUUCCAUAUGAAGGGGGGGACCUCAGCAUGUUGAUAGCUGCGCCUUAUGAGAAACGUGUACCACUGUCCGCCAUCACGAACAUCCUGACUCCAGAGCUCAUCAACCAAUGGAAAGCCAGUAUGCAGAAAUUAACCCGUCUCCUGGUUUUGCCUAAAUUUUCUCUGGUCAGUGAGGUCAAUCUGAAGACUCCUCUUGAGCGCCUCGGCAUUGAAGACAUGUUCUCAGAGGAAAAAGCCGACUUCAGCCGCUUGUCAAAUGAAAGGCCACUGUAUGUGUCAGAAGCAUUCCAGAAAAUCAAAGUUGAAGUGACGGAAAGUGGAACAAGAGCUUCAGCUGCUACAGCUGCGAUUCUGCUGGCUCGUAUGGCUCCUCUUGAAGUGAUCAUGGACCAUCCUUUCUUGUUCCUCAUCCGACACAACCCAACAGGUACACUGCUGUUCAUAGGACAAGUCAUGGAGCCAUGAGUCUAGUGCCAUCUAGUGAUGAUAUUCAGUACCUCACCUCCAUCACCUUUUGACCAGCGAUAGUGAAAAGUCGCUACGGCUGAGAGAAGCUUUGAUUCUAAAGGAGCUUGAAGGACUACUAAGGGGGGAAAUGUGGAGCCACGGGUAGUGUGAAUGUGUGAGCUGUAUGAAGUGUGUGAGCUAUAAAAUAAAUGAUUAUAUUUGUUAAUUGAGAUUUAUAUUGCUGAGUAUGACAUUUUUAUACUGUUUGUAUAUUUAAUAAAUCUAUUUAUUUAUAUUUUA